CAUACGCACGUACUGUUAGAAUGUUGAAUAUCAUUUUAACGAUAGCGCCCCUUCGUAAAAUAUGUCGGGAAACGGGAAAAAAUGAUCCGGAAAGUCACCGUCUUUUCCCUCCGGCCGGUCCGUUUGAAAACUAACCGCUUUUCUUCUCUCCCCACCUCACCCACCAGUGAACCAGCUUCUCAGUUCCCGCCAAAUUCGAUUUUGAAAACCAUGUGCAUCAAUGGUCAACUGAACGAAGCCCUGCUGGAAAUGGCCAUUCAAGGUGAAGGAGUGAGGUUCGAGGGCUAUGAUUCUCUACUGAAUGAGUGUGUAAAUCGACGGGCACUUCGUGAGGGGCAGAGGGUACACGCUCACAUGAUUAAAACUCGUUAUCUUCCGCCCGUGUAUCUCAGAACGAGGCUCAUAGUUUUGUACACGAAGUGCGACUGCCUUGGCGAUGCACGGCAUGUGCUUGAUGAAAUGCAUGAGCGGAAUGUUGUUUCUUGGACCGCCAUGAUUUCAGCCUAUUCUCAGAGGGGACAUACACUUGAAGCUUUGGGUCUUUUUGUGCAGAUGUUAAGAUCAGGUACACCGCCAAAUGAAUUCACUUUUGCAACAAUCCUUACUUGUUGUUCGGGUGCCUGUGGGUUUGACCGUGGCAGGCAAGUUCAUUCUCUUAUAAUCAAAAGCAAUUUUGAAUCACAUAUAUUUGUAGGGAGUUCGCUUCUUGACAUGUACGCCAAAGCAGAUAGAAUACAUGAAGCACGAAGUGUCUUUGAAAGGUUGCCUGAGAGGGAUGUGGUUUCUUGCACUGCAAUCAUUGCUGGCUAUGCCCAGCUGGGUCUCGAUGAAGAGGCAUUAGAACUGUUCUGUCAUUUACAAAGAGAAGGAAUGAAAUCAAAUUAUGUUACUUAUGCCAGUGUUUUAACUGCACUGUCGGGGCUUGCUGCAUUGGACCAGGGCAGGCAAGUUCACAACCGGGUACUUCGCUCUGACUUAUCCUCCUAUGUGGUUCUUCAGAAUUCUCUGAUUGAUAUGUACUCAAAAUGUGGGAGCCUUUCCUAUGCUAGAAAGGUCUUUGAUGGGAUGCCAGAGAGAACUGUGAUCUCAUGGAAUGCUAUGCUCGUGGGGUAUGGUAAGCAUGGGAUUGGGAGAGAGGUGAUUGAGCUUUAUGAGUUGAUGAGAAAAGAUAAACAAGUGAAACCCGAUAGUGUUACUUUUAUGGCCGUUUUGUCAGGUUGUAGCCAUGGAGGGUUGGUUACUGAGGGGCUAAACAUUUUCAAUGAAAUGAUUACUGAUCAAGAUGGGAUUGAACCAGAGAUUGAGCACUAUGGUUGUGUUGUCGAUCUGCUUGGACGUGCUGGAGAAGUAGAGAAAGCUUUGACCUUUAUUGAGCAAAUGCCAUUCAAACCAACAGCUGCUAUUUGGGGUUCACUUUUAGGUGCUUGCAGGGUUCAUGCUAAUGUUCUUGUUGGAGAAUAUGUAGCACACCGCCUUUUUGAGAUUGAGCCACACAAUGCUGGAAACUAUGUUAUUCUUUCAAAUUUAUAUGCUUCUGCAGGGAGAUGGGCAGAUGUAACUUAUAUUAGACAAUUGAUGACAGAGAAGUCUGUGGCAAAGGAACCAGGCCGGAGCUGGAUAAAUCUGGGUCAAACAAUUCAUACUUUUCAUGCUAGUGAUCGGUCCCAUCCCAGAAGGGAAGAGAUCUUUGAGAAGGUAAGAGAAUUGUCAGCAAAGAUUAAGGAGGCUGGGUAUGUUCCUGAUCUCAGCUGUGUGUUGCAUGAUGUGGAUGAGGAGCAGAAAGAGAAGAUACUCCUUGGCCACAGUGAGAAACUAGCAUUGGCAUUUGGGUUGAUUGGUAUUCCUCAUGGACUACCAAUUCGGGUUGUGAAAAACCUCCGUAUUUGUGUAGAUUGCCACAAUUUUGCCAAGUUCUUAUCAAAAGCUUAUAGGAGAGAAGUAUCUCUAAGAGACAGUAAUCGUUUCCAUCACAUUUUAGGAGGAAUCUGCUCUUGUGGUGAUUACUGGUGAAUGAUGAUUCUGUUAUCAAUAGUAACCUUGCUGUGACUAUGAUAUGGGAUGGGGUAGGGAUCUUACUACUUUUAGAUCUGAAAGUGGGCUAUGGAAGGUGAGACUAAUGGGUCCAUGUUAUAUUAUUCUGGUUUAAGUCCACAGGUAAAGUAUUGAUACUGUGCAAUGAUGAGAUUGAGUGGGAUCAUCUCUCAAAUAGGGAAAAUGAAUAAAAAAGUACCCCUUUUUUCUGUUUGAUAUUUGUUCAUUUAUCUUCGGGGUGAUCCAAAACAGAAAUACUUGCAUGCCUUGGUUACUGUGUAGAGCGGAGGUGUAAUGUCACAGAAGGAAAUACAUGCAAAGCUGAAGUAUUUAGAAGUUGAAGAGUUUAUAUUUCCCUUAUUCGGUUGUGAAAAGGAUAUUUCUUGAAGAUUCAUAAAAAAAAGGAUAUUUCGUGAAGAAUAUGGAAAUGUAAUAAAACAAUACACAGUAAAAGGUUUGGCUAUGCUUGGAGCCUUGGAGUGACUGAAAACAGAUAUAAUUGUAAACCUUGUUGCAUGGACCCAAGGUUACUGGAUUACUAUGGGAAGUAGUGUGAUGUCGAAAGGGAGGAUACAUAAAUAUUGGGGUACAGAAUACCAGAAUUUUUUGAAAGCUGAAGGCAUAUAUGUCUUUUCAGUUUGCAUGGGGAUUUCCCAAAAAUGCCGGAAUUAUAUGAAGACAGAAAAAUAGUUUGCUGGGUAUAUAUUUCCUUUGAAUGCUGUUUAAUUGAAAUUCUUGGUGACCGCUUAAUUGAAAAUUCAAGAUUGGGUGAAAUUUUCUGGAGAAAGUUCUUGAUCCCAAGGAAAUGUUGAUUGAGCUCCAAGGGAGGCUACACUUCCAUAUGGAUAAUUUUGGCUGCAUAGCCUGCAUGGUUGAGCCUAAGAAAUUUGGGAUCUUUUAAUCGGUCCAUCUUUGGACCAUUAAGUAACAGAUUAACAUGUUGAAACUGAGAUUACUCUAAGCAAUCGUGCAAUUUGACCAACCUUGUUGCUGUGGUAUGAGGAUUGCUCAGGAAAUGGUUGGUAAUUCUACAACAUGGCAACUGCUACAGUAUGGCCUGUACCCAUGUUGAAUUAACAAAUGAAAUGAAAAACAAGUUCCAACAGCAAAUAUGACAGAAUCAUCAGCUUGUCUGUUUUAUUUUGUAAUUGAAGCCUGGUUGAGUCCAUGAAUUAGUAACUAUAUUUUAAAAUACUGAUUGUGUAAAGAACAGGAUUGGUAAUUCUGUGGCGGUGGAAUCCCUUUUAUCCGUAACAUUAAAUUACAUCAUUUCCUUUGAACUUUGAGCUUUUGAAUGCUCCCAUUAAUUCAAAGGAAUUGCAUCAAUGAAGGCAU